UUCAAAAAAGAACACUGUGAAGUCGAAGGGAAGAACAGGUGAAGUCGACAGUGAACAAAGGAGAAAGGAAGAAGAAGAAGAAAGGAAGAAGUAGGAACUCACCUCGGAAUGACGUCCGAAGAAGGAACGAAGUCGACGAACGAAGACCCAGAUGCUUCGACUUCGGACGAAGAAGACCCAGAAGACCCAGACGUCGAUGAACGAAGUCGAUCUAGGGUUUGGACUUCUUAUUUAGUAAUUAACUUUGUCGAUGAAGGGCCCAGAUGAUUCGAACGAAGUCGAUGAAGGGCCCAGAUGAUUCGAACUGAAAUCAGGCCAAAAUCUAAUGACGCGUCGCUUCUUUUCGCCUCACGCUUCAUCGCCUAAGCCUCGCGUCUCCAUCGCCUCACCAUUUCACCUCGCCUCGCCUUAAGGUGUGUGAAGCGCCUCGCCUCGCCUCGCCUCGCUUAGCGCUUAGGCUCGCCUCUGAUAACAGUGGUAUAGAAUGAGGAGAGUCGUUGGUCUGCUAUGAUGUCCCCUGUCUCUACUGACCGCUCAGUAUUACUGUCUGCUCCUCGAGAUGGCCUCAGCCUGACUCCCAUCCCUUCGUCUGCUACUAAGGAUUCUGUAUUCUGUGAUUAUUGCAAGAAGCCGCGGCAUACUCGUGAGACGUGUUGGAAGCUUCAUAGGACUCCAUCCAGGGGUCGAGGUGAUCGGUCUGGUUCUCGAGGAGGUCGGUCAGGCCAGUCUAGAGGACGUGGUUCCUAUUCCCGGGCUCAUCAGUCUAGUGCCGUUGAUACACUUGAUUCUAAUUCUGCUUCUGUUGGCCAAGCUUCUGAUGCUGAGCUGGAGGAUGCUUUGCGCCAAUUGUUGGACCGCCGGUCUUCUACUGCUCUCAGUACAGCUUCCUCGUCCUUUGCCCGCUCAGGACCUUGUCACGAGGAGGACAAUUGGCAGUGGUAGUGCAGAAAAUGGUCUCUACUUCCUGGAUCAACCGGACAAACUUGCUUAUUCUUCCACUACGUCUUCUACUAACCCCGCCAAUUUAUGGCUGUGGCAUCGUCGUCUUGGGCAUCCUUCCUUUUAUUUACUUAAGCAUUUAUUUCCAUCUGGUUUCGCAAAUCAUCAUGUGUCUGACUUUCUUUGUGAGUCUUGUCAACUUGGAAAACAACACAAAGCUUCUUUUGCUCCUAGUUUGAAUAAAAGUUUAGUUCCUUUUUCAUUAAUACAUUCUGAUGUAUGGGGUCCCUCUCGUGUUA